AUGGUUGUUGAUGUAGGACUCAGAGACGUGAUGGGUCUUUUCCUAUCCCCCAAGGCCUUCAAGUACCAUAAUCCUUUUGCAAUGGCAAUUGUUCCAUGCCUCCUGAAUGAUAGAAAUUUCGACUGCAUAGUCACAGCUUUGGUUGAAAAGGAGUGGAGGGACUUUCCUCUUGAAAGGCAGUGGGAUCUCCUAAAGGGCUUUAUACUGUCCUGCCACCCUAUAUGGGAAAUAGGAAAUGGCGCCGGUGAGGCUGAGCAAUGGAAUUGGAUAGCAACAUUUAGAUCCAGAAUCUGUGGUUUCCCUUCCAGGUUAGAAGGCAAGGUCGCGAUCAUCACUGGCGGCGCGAGCGGGAUAGGUGCGAGCGCAGCGAGCCUCUUCCACCAGCACGGCGCGUGGGUUGUAAUCGCCGACAUCCAGGACGAGCCGGGCCAGGCCCUGGCCGCGAAGCUGGGCCAGCGGGCAUCCUAUGCCCGCUGCGACGUUUCCAUCGAGGCAGACGUGCGCGACCUCGUGGACGCCACCGUGGCCGAGCAUGGCCGGCUCGACCUCAUGUACAACAAUGCGGGGGUCCUCGACCGCCCCCUCGGGAGCGUCCUCGACUGCCCCCUCGGGAGCAUCCUCGACACGUCCCUCGCCGACCUCGACCGCGUCAUCCGCGUCAACCUCUAUGGGGCUUUCCAUGGGGCGAAGCACGCGGCGCGGGUCAUGGUGCCGCAGCGCCAGGGCUGCAUCCUGUUCACUGGGAGCAACUGCACGGCGAUUGCGGGGGUGGCGACGCACACGUACGCCGCGUCGAAGCAAGCAGUGGUGGGGCUGGCCCGGGGGCUGGCGGCAGAGCUUGGGGAGCACGGGAUAAGGGUGAACUGCGUGUCGCCGCACGCGGUAUCAAGGACCGGGAUGUCAGGGCUGGGGAAGCUGAGCGAGGACGAGCUGGCGAGGUGGGACGACGGGACGAGGGUGAUAGGCAACCUGAAGGGGCGGGUGCUGGCGCCGGAGAGCGUGGCGAGGGCGGCGCUGUACCUGGCCAGCGACGAGGCGGACUACGUGAGCGGGCUCAACAUGGUGGUGGAUGGCGGCUACAGCGUGGUCAACCCCUCUAUGAUGAUGGCUCUCGCUGCGAGCCGUUCGUAUGGGAAGGUUGGUUUGAACGUGUGAGUUGCGCACGUGCGGUCGCCGGGGAAAGAGAAUGUGGCCGUCGGUUGUGGGCUGAAUAAGGAGGGAUCUUGCCAUAGUGCGCCCUUGGAUUUGUGUUUGUCUGUCAUCUUUCUAUUAUGUAUGCAUUCUUGAAACCCUAGCUACCAUUAGCUUCCCUUCCUCAAAUUUCGCCACA